CGCCGCCGAGCUCGAGACCCCCGCACGCACCGAUCUAGCCGGUGGCUGUGGAGAGCGAGGCCCGAUGCGGCACGGGCUGCGCGGCGCGGCAGAGCCGUGAGGAAGUGGCCCGCUCGUGCGUCCCCCGGCGCUCGAGCAGCUGCUCCGCACCGCCUAGCCUGGGCCUGCCGGGGACAUGAGCGUGCCCGAGACGCCGGGGGAGAUGGAGCCGGCCGGAGAGGAGGAGCGGCCGCCACCGGCGGCAGAGGAAGAGGACGAAGAGAAGGUGGCAGCGGGGGCCCCGGCCUCAGGGCCGGCCCGCGGAAGGAGUGCCGCCUUGCCGGAGGACGCGGACGACCAGGAGGAGGCAGCGGAGGCGAUGGUGGUCGCGGGCGGUGGCUGCAGGGAGCAGGAGUUGACCUACGAGCUGCAGCAGGGCUACCGCAUCCUGGGCGAGUUCCUGCAGGAGAAGCACCGGGCCCUCACAGCCCCCUUCUUGCAGCCCUUGGGGGGCGUUGCUACCGGGGAGGAGGAGGUGGCCGAGGGGCCGCGCAGCGGGGGCCGAGGCGGUCGCGCCCUCCCGCAUCAGCCAGGGCAGGGCAUGUGUCUGUUGAAGAUGGAGGAGAAGUUCGCCAGGGGCCAGUACGGGGGCAUCACGGAGUUUGUGGCGGACUUCAGAUUAAUGCUGGAAACGUGCUACCGCCUGCACGGAGUGGACCACUGGAUCUCCAAGCAAGGCCAGAAGCUGGAGAUGUUGCUGGAGCAGAAGUUGGCGCUUCUCUCUCGGCACUUGAGAGAAAAGACAACGAUAGCAGUUACAUCUAGAGGCUAUUAUGGAUUGGAGGAUGAGAAGGGGACUGCAUGUACUUCAACGAGGCGUCGGUCAACACCUCGAAGUUUGGCAGGCUUGACAAGCGGAGUUUUUGAGUCUGUAAUGGUUCAAGUUUUGAGACAGGAAGAACAGCUGAGAGCAAAAGAAGAAAAAAGGCUUCGAGAACAGGAAAGAAGAGAAGCAGAAGAAGCUUGUCAAAAAGAACUAGAAGAAUGGGAAAGAAAACUUCUGGCUCAAGCAGCUCCAACUUACAUGGAGAACAUGUGGGAAAUUCCAGCCAUUGGACAUUUCCUUUGUUUAGCCCAGCAAAUUCUAAAUUUGCCAGAAAUAGUCUUCUAUGAACUAGAACGUUGUCUUCUGAUGCCUCAGUGUAAUGCUUUUCUGUCUAAAAUAAUGACUUCUCUAUUAAGUCCUCCUCAUCGUAGACCUACCUUACAUCGAAGACCCACUUUGCCUUAUAGGACCUGGGAAGCAGCAUUGAGGCAGAAAGUGCAGCAGUGGUAUACUGCUGUAGGGCAGACUGAAAAUCCCAAUAACUGUGCUGAAAAACUUGGAUUAUGUCCUCAGUUUUUUAAAGUUCUUGGAGAGGUUAACCCCUUGGAUGAAAAACCCUUUCAUGAACUACCUUUCUACCAAAAAGUAUGGUUACUUAAAGGUCUCUGUGAUUUCGUGUAUGAAACACAAAAAGAAGUUCAAGAUGCUGUACUUGGACAGCCAAUUCAUGAAUGCAGGGAAGUUAUCCUUGGUUAUGAUUAUUUGGAGAACGCAUAUGUACAUUUUCCACAGUUCUGUGGUGCAGAUGUUCGGAUUUAUAAACAAAGACCCUUUCGAGCCCCAGAAUUUCCAGUUCCACCCAUUAAAAUACAAAGAGUACCUCGAAUUAAACUGGAGAAAUUAAAGAGCGACUGUGUUAAUGCAAGUAAUAUAGAACAUAGAUGUAGAGAGGGUCUACCUUCUGCCUUCAAGAAAGAGCAGGAAAUUACUUUUGAUCUAGUUUGCUCCCCUGCUAACAUCAACUUUGAUAAUCAUGAUAUUGCUGUUGAAAUGGAAGUAAAAUCCAGCUGUGAAAUUAGAAUUCUCAGGCCUUGUGAAAUCAAAAAAACUGAUUGUUGUAAAGAAAAUUUGGAGAAACCAAGGAGUCCAGGAGAAGUUACUGGCUUUGGAGAGCCACUCAGUCCAGGUGAAAUACGGUUUAUAGGAAAUCAAGAAAAAUAUGGUGAAGCUUCUAGAAUAAAAACUGAACCCAGUCCAUUAAAAGAAAAUGCUCUAAAGUCUUGCCAGAUUCACGUAAAUGGAAGUCACAUUGAUCAUCCAGAGAUUAACUGUCACAGAGUUGUAAGGGAUAUUCUACUAGAGCAGACACUGCAGAACCCCAAGAAAAUAAAACUAACUAAAAUGAGAGCAAAAAAGAAGAAAAAAAAGAAAAAGAAGUUGAAAGAUGUUUUGAAUGAAAAUUUACAGAGAAAACGUGAAAGUCUUCAUUCUCUUGCAUUCAAGUCUUACAAACCUGAGAUCCAGAAUAAGCUGUUGAUCAUCAAAAAGAAAGCAAAACACAAGAAGCACAAAUCUGGAAAAAAAUCCAUAUCUAAAAAAGCAAUUACUAAGAAGAGGAAAACUGUCACAAAGUCACCCACUGUACCAGAAUUUCAGCUUAUUUGCACUAAUCUUGAUGAACUCAGGGAAUUAAUCACAAAAAUCGAGAAUGAACUCAAAGAUCUGGAAAACAGUAGAAAAAAAUCGGGUAAAUGGUAUCAUCGGAGGCAAGCUGUAAAAGAAUUGCAUAGCACAUUGAUACGUCUUUUAAAUGAAUUGCUGCCAUGGGAACCAAAGUUAAUGAAGGCUUUUCAAAGAAACAGGAGCCGCCUAAAGAAAGACUACGAUGAUUUCAGAAGACAACCCGAUCAUGAUAAAUUUACUAGAGAACUGUGGAUUACUGAAGAAUGUGAAGGAGAUCCUGGAAAAGAAUCUCCUAAAAUAGAAAUCAGUAAAUCUGUAGACUCAGCAGAAUCUCUAGAUAUCCUGGAGAAAAAUCACUUUGAUUCAGAUGAUAUGAAAUUGUCAGAAAUAGAUUUUCCUAUGGCCAGAAGCAAGUUUUUGAAAAAGGAAUUGUCUUCUAAGGAUGUGUUGAAGACGCUGCCUAAAACACUUAAGCGACAGUCCAAACAAACUAGUUUUCUGGAUGACAGCACAAAAGAGCUUUCUCCAAGGAAGAAAGCAAAGUUAAGCACAAGUGAGACAAUUAAAAAUUUAGAAGAAGAUAUGCAGAUUGACUGUUUGAAUGAAUCAGAGCAUAUAGAACUACCAUUUCCAGAUUCAUCUGCCUCAGUGGAUUCAGUACCAGUGUCUACUCUACAGAAAGGGACCAAACCUAUUCAGGCCUUGCUUGCAAAGAAUAUUGGGAACAAAGUGACCUUAACAAAUCAACUGCCCCCUUCCACAAGUAGAAGUGCUCCUUCUGUGGACAAACCUAUUAUAUCUCCUCCAGAAGCAAACCCUGUAAAACCAGCAUUGACCUGCCUCACCAGUACAAAAGGUCCUUUACAAAUGGUAUAUAAAACACCCUGUGGCCAGUGGUUGCCAGUAGAUCUUCACAAUAGCUCUGUAAAGAUUCAGAUGCAGCCUGUGCUAGAUUCUAAAACAGGAGAAAAAAUCAUGCAGCAAGUUCUAAUUCUGCCUAAGAAUUUUAUGAUUCAGCACAAGGAAGGAAAAACAGUUACAAAAGAAAUACCAUCACUUCAACAAAAAGGUACAGAGCAACAUUGUUCAUCUUCCCUACAGACAGCAAGUGUAAAUUCUUCUUUAGCAUCAGUUAUUGUCAACUCAACAGGAACUGUUUCUGCCCAACUACCCAAUACAGUUUUUAACAAGACUGUUGCUCCUUCCUCAAAUGUGAGUAGUGCUAGAUCGCAGCCAUUGUCACCUGUAACUAAUUUAUUAACACCACCAGUAAAAACUAGCCACAAUGAGGUUGGAAAAGCCAAUGCAGUGUCAGCAGCUGCAUUCCCCCAGCCCAUUACUUCACCCACCGUUUCCUCAACAGUUCAGCCUCUGCUACCAGCAACAACACUAAGUGGAUCUACAAAUUCUGGUAAUUCCCCCAAAGGUUUUCCACAACAAACUGCUGAUUAUUCUGAAACAAAGCAAGAACUGAAAACUGUGUGUAUAAGAGAUUCACAAUCGAUUCUUGUUAGGACACGUGGUGGAAACACUGGAGUUGUAAAAGUGCAGCCCAAUCUGGAUCAGAAUUCACCUACCACUUUGUCCUCAAAUUCAGUUUUCACUUUUGCUCCUCAACUUCAGGCAUUUCUGGUGCCAAAAUCAACAGCUUCAUCAUCCUCUACUUUUUCACAAGUAACUGGAAUAACAUCAUCCAGUUUCCCACCUUUUGGCCAAACACCAACUUCUGUUUCCAUUCCCUGUGGAUUUAAUCCUUCCAUAGGGAAAAAUGUCAAAAUUACAUUAGGCCAACCCUCUAGCAAUGGUAAUUUGGGCCACAUUAUAAAUAAAACUUCACACAUCACUUCUUCUUCCUUGAAGUCUUCUGUUUCUUCCAGCACUCUAUUAUCAUCAACAACAAAUAGUUCACUAAGUGUAAUUAAUGUAUCAGGAAAUUUUACACAAACUAAUACAAAUGUUACUCAUACUCCAACUAAACAACCACAAAUAGAUUAUAUUACAAAAAGUUAUCCUGUUAUUACAAGAUCAGAAGCAACAACAACAACAAAUGGCGAUAUGAUAAGCGGGACUCCCAUUCAGAAAUUUAUGCUAGUAUCAGCUCCAUCUGUUCUUCCUUCUAGCAAUACGACUACAGUUAAUGGGACACCUGCGCUGACAUCUACAGGUGUAUCUACUCAAAAAUUGGUUUUUAUUAAUGCUCCAAUUCCCAGCAUCACUUCUACCCCAACUGUUGUUGCAGAAUCAUUAAAACAAACUCUUCCUCAACCCUUGAAUAAAACAUAUGUUAAGACUCCUGAGCAACCCCAAAUACUGUUAAUUCCAUCAACAGUGGGAACACCAAUAAAAAUAAAUUCUUCACAAACUGUGUCUCAGAUAAAAGAUGUGAAAAUUGGACUAAAUAUAGGUCAAGCAAUUGUAAAUCCUUCAGGAAGUGUGCCAGCUAUACCAUCAAUUAAUAUAUUACAAAGCAUAGCCCCAAAAGGAGAAGACAGAUGUAACAAGGCCUGUGUGUUACCGUUGUCAAGUGGUAAUACAAUUCCAAUAAACUCAAAUUUUGGGAAUCAGAAUAUUACUACUGUUAAUGAAUCAUUGGUUACCACAGCAAGAACAAUAAAUAUGUUUUCAGUAACAAGAGCAAGUGUUUCUUUGGGUUCCCUUUCAGUGACCUCAUCCUCUGCUUUGGUUGGCACAUACCCUCCUGUUUCAGUCAGUGGAAAUGAUACCUCUUCAAGAAUUAUGCCUAUUUUGUCAAAUAGACUUUGCUCAUCCAGUCUGGGAAACACUGUGGCCAUAUCAACUGUGAAAACAGGACAUCUUGCAUCAUCUGUUCUGAUUUCAACUGCACAACCAACAGUGUCUCCAAAAUGUUUGACAUCAGCUUUGCAAAUUCCUGUUACUGUUGCCUUGAAUACAGCUGGGACUGCAACACCCCAAAUGGACUCAGUUCCACAUUCAGCAACAGUAUCAGGAUCCACACUUUCUGUAUCUCUUUCUAAAAGACAAUCUCGGGCUUCUCUUCAGUUUCAGUCACCAGGGAUUGCAACUACAGUGCCAACAAAUGCAAACACAAAUAAACCUCAAGCUGAAUUAUCCCUUUCACCAAGUCCAGGUAAAAUAAUUAAUAUUUCUAGUUUUACUUCUCUGCCAAACCAGCAAAUGUCCCCUGCUUUAGUCAAAUCAACCCCUACUUACAAUUCUGUUCCAAGUGGCUCUCCUAUUCACAAUGCUACAGCACCAUCAAGUGUAACUAAUCUAGUAGCAAGUCCAUUCAGUGAACCUUGUAUUCAGCAAAAAAUAGUCAUCAACACCAGUACACCUUUGGCACCUGGAACUCAGAUCUUGAUUAAUGGAGCUCGGUUUAUUGUUCCACCACAAGGUCUUGGAGCUGGCAGCCAUGUUCUUCUUAUAUCUAAUCCAAAAUAUGGGCCUUCCUUAGUUCUUAAUAGUGGCCAAGGCAUUCCGUCUACAGCAAUAGAUAACCCUGCCCAGAAGAUCACACUAGCAAAUAAUUCAAGUGGGCAACCUACAAAACAUCCUCUAAGAAGCUCUACAAAAAUUGUAAACUCUCUUGGGAAUGCAAGUUCUGUACCCACAGUACAUACAACAUCACAGAUUGUAAACACAACUGCUAAAGUUUCUGUUCCACCUCCUACACCGACAGUAUCACUAACUUCAGUAAUUAAGUCUCCUCCAGCCUCCCUUUUAAGCAAGACGUCUUUGGUUUCUGGCAUUUCCUCUAGUAAUCCUUCACUGCCAAGUAGUACUUCAGUAUUUCAUUUGGACACAUCUGUCAAAAAGUUGUUGGUUAGCCCAGAAGGAGCCAUUCUGAAUACCAUAAAUACUCCAGCAUCUAAAGUUUCUUCAUUGUCUUCAUCUCUGUCUCAGAUUGUCGUAUCUGCCAGUCGAAAUCCCACUUCUGUCUUCCCAGAUUUUAAGGCAUCUGGUUUAGAAAAGCCUGACACAGCUGCAUCUUGAAUUUAGACUAAAUGAGCCAGUUUUUAAAUAAUGGGGCAUUCUUUUAACUCCCAUAAAAUUUUAACUUUUAUUAUACUAUUGAAAACAUACUAUACAUAUGUGUGUAUGUGUGUUUGCACACGUGCAUAUUUUAAUGUAUCUUUUCAUUAGGUUACACACAGACUGUUUUCCCCCCUUGGGGAGGGAAAAGUUCCAUUUCAUUCAUUGGUAUGAGGUUGUUUUCAAAGCUUCUUUGUUUAAAGUACAUGGUCAAGAUUUACCUGUCUAUAUAAGUUGAACAAGUCAAGUUUGACUAGUUUAGAGUAAGCUAGCCUUUUGCACACUUAAAUUGACAUGUUUUUUGAAUUUGGACUAUUGUAGCAUAUCUAUGAUAUAGUAUUCUGUGUCCUUAGUGAAAUCUUAUUUUUGUUUCUGUAAAAAGAAAUAUAUAUAUAUAUUUAUGCACUGCAAAAAUGCAGUUCAUGAUGUAAAAUUGUAUAUAUUCCUAAAUCCCUAACAACCUGUACUAAAUAUAUGUACAAAGAACUAUGCUGUCUUAUUUAUGUUUUGUUUACAUAAUGUAUAGUUUUUUAAGUAUUUUAGUAAUUUUGGACCAGUGAACUGUUAGCAACAAUGCAGAAGAAUCUGCAUGUAAUAAACUGAGUUGCUGUAUCUUUGUUUGAAUACCA